CUGCACUAUGGCACCAAAGAAAGUGGAGCCAAAGAAGACGGAGGUGAAGAAGGUGGAGGCGAAGAAGGAAGAGCCCCCUCCUCCACCCAAAACUUCAGAGCCAGAGUCAAAUCCCCCUGAGGUGGACCUAAAGAGCAUCGUGGUGGAGUUCACCCCCGAUCAAAUGGACGAGUUCAGAGACGCCUUCACAUUGUUCGACGAGACGCCAGGGGCCGAGAUGAAGAUCCGUUUCGCUCAGUGCGGUGACGUGAUGCGAGCGCUGGGUCACAACCCCACCAACGGAGAGGUGUUGAAGCUCCUGGGGAGGCCCAAGGCCGAAGAGAUGAACGUCAAGUUGCUGGACUUCGACAGCUUCCUGCCCAUGCUGCAGCAUGUGGCCCGGUCCAAAGAGCAAGGCAGCUUGGAGGACUUUGUGGAGGGCCUGAGGGUCUUCGACAAGGAGGGCAACGGCACGGUGAUGGGGGCGGAGCUACGCCACGUCUUGUCCACACUGGGGGAGAAGAUGACUGAGGACGAGGUUGACCGGCUGAUGGUGGGACAGGAGGACGCCAACGGACUCAUCAACUACACAGAGUUUGUCAAGCACAUCCUGGCCGGGUAGGACCACCAGUGAGUUCACCUGAUGGUCGGAGGUUCUAUUGGUCCCUGAUGUCCCUGAAUGUUUCCUCUCUGUUUCUCUAAUAAAACAUCUUCAGUCCUUCUCUCAGUUUC